AUGAUGAAAACCUCUCCGACGGCCCAGCCGCCGCUGCGGAUUGGUACCCGACGAUCCAAUCUAGCUAUCGUCCAGGCUGAGGGCAUUUGUGAUAGUCUGCAAAGAUUACACCGGACCGAUCAUAUGAGAUUGAGGCUCUCCGCACACUGGCUGGAGGAAAAGCUCACUUCUGGUCAAUUAGAUGUCAUCAUGCAUUGUCUGAAAGAUAUGCCGACAAGACUUCCCGACCCUUGUGAACUCGCAGCUAUUCCGCUCCGGGAUGAUCCCCAUGACGCCCGAUCAUCAAGGCUGGGUGCAGUAGUAGACACUUCGUCAGUCCGGCGCUCGGUGCAGCUUCGCCGUCUCUACCCCCAUCUUCGCUUUGCCAAUCUCCGCGGCAAUGUGGAAACAUGUCUAGCCAAGGUUGACGACCCAAACAGCGAGUAUAUUUGCAUGCGGGUAGGCCUCAAAUAUCGUAUCAAUCAGUACCUUCGCUCCAAGGAUGGGGGCGUCUUCCGUGCCGUCGGGCAAGGCACCCUGGGCUUGGAGAUUCGAAAAGGAGAUAGUCAGAUGCAAGAAUUACUAAACCAGCUGGCUGACCAAAAGUCCACUCUUGCUUGCCUUGCUGAGCGGUCUCUCAUUGUCCCCAUUGGGGUCGAGACAGAGUGGAUCCAAUCAGAAGACUUAAGGAUGAGCGCUAUCGUUGUCAUUCUGGAUGGAUUCCAGAGUGUUCAGGACACCAUUGAUUCGAGGGUGCAAACUGUCGGCGAAGCAACGGCACUCGGACGAGAACUAGCGGCAAGACUGGCCAAGGUUAGUGCAGAGGCAAUUCUGAACGACAUCAAUGCCAGCCAGCCAUUCAAAGAAUAA